CAGUCCCUGGGAAAAGAGAAACAACAUGUCUGUAGAAGGAGACAGGGAAGAUGUUUCUAAUGAGAGUGUCCUGAACAUCGCUCAAGCACAAACCUCCAGGAAAGGUUUUUGCUCAGUCCGACAUGGUCUGGCCUUCAUCUUGUUCUUCUGUAACAUUUUUCUUUCCGCCCAACAAAUGAACUUGGGCAUCACCAUGCCAGCUAUGGUGAACCACACAGCGCUCAAUGCCUCCACAGAAGGGCCUCCCACUGACAGCCAGGACAACUGGACUGAAACUCAAAAGGAACCUAAGCCAGUGGCCCGUGUGUAUGACUGGGAUCCUAAAAUACAAGGAAUCAUCCUCAGCGCCCUCAACUAUGGUUCGCUAUUGGCGCCAAUCCCUAGUGGCUACGUGGCUGGAAUAUUUGGAGCCAAAUAUGUGGUCGGUGCUGGCUUGGUCAUUUCCUCAGUCCUGACUCUUCUCUCUCCACUGGCAGCUGAUACUGGGCCCACCUUGUUCAUUGUCCUUCGGGUUGUCCAAGGCAUAGCCCAGGUUAUGGGAUCUACAGGUCAGUAUUCAAUUUGGGUCAAGUGGGCACCCCCAAUGGAACGGAGUCAGCUGAUCACCAUUGCUCUAUCAGGGACAUCAUUGGGGGCCUUCACCAUUUUUGCUGUGGGAGGUGUCCUCUGCCAGACCAUUGGAUGGCCUUAUGUUUUCUAUAUCUUUGGUGGAUUAGGCUGUGCCUGUUCUUUGCUCUGGUUUCUUCUCGUCUAUGAGGACCCUGUGAAUCAUCCAUUUAUCAGCACUGGUGAGAAGGAAUACAUCGUGGCUUCCCUGGCUGAACAGGGCAGUUCUCCAGGCUGGUCUGUUCCCAUUAAGGCUAUGAUCACAUCCCUGCCACUUUGGGCCAUUUUAGUCUCUUCUUUCAGUGUAUACUGGCGUAAUUAUAUGUCAUUGACAUACACACCAACAUACAUGACCUCUGAACUUCAUCUUAAUAUCAGAGAUAGUGGGCUCAUGACAGGCCUGCCAUUUUUGGUUGGCUUUCCCUGCUUUAUCCUUGGAGGUCAAUUGGCUGGUUUUCUUCUCUCCAGAAAAAUCCUUAGACUCAACACUAUCAGGAAACUCUUCACUGUUAUAGGUGUUCUCAUCCCAGCUGGACUGCAGUUGUCCCUGCACUGGGUGAAAUCCAGCCAGCCCACCACCCUUGCCUUCUUGUUCAUAUCUCCCAUCUUCCGCAUCCUGUCUGAAGUAGGAGUCCUUCUCAACAUAGUGGAUAUAGCUCCUCGGUAUAGUUCCUUUCUCAGAGGACUAUCUCAAAUGUUUGCUUUUGCAGCAGGCGCCCUCUCAUCCACUGUUUCUGGAUAUUUUAUAAAGCAGGAUUCAGAGCUUGCUUGGAGAAAUAUCUUCUUGCUUUGCGCUGGUAUUGACAUAGCAGGCCUUGUCUUCUACCUGAUUGUUGGCCAGGCAGAGGUGCAGGAAUGGGCGAAAGAAUAGACAUUCAUCCACUUACGAGCAAGCUGAGGGAUUACACGCUACCUGAUAUCCUGGGGUUUAAUUGUGCAUUGUGUGCCCUCAAAGACUCCCUUUUCAUAUCUGCUUGACUGAUUAAAUUCAAUUUGAACUGACUUUGUUUAGAGUAUCUUCUCAGAGACCUUGACUAUGUAAAACCAGAGGAUUUUCCUUGUGAUGGGAGAGGGGAAAGUGAGCUAUUUCCCUAUGAGCACCUGACAGCAUAGGUGUGUUUGAAUUUCUAUGUGAUAUAUAUUCAUUCUAUCUUAUGCCACAUGGAAAAGUAUACAUUACUUUCUGCUCCUAGUCCUGGAACAGAGCUCCAAAACCCUUGUGAUUUUUCUGAGUUGUAUGCAUGAUAGUAACAUCUUUUGUUAUAAUAUUUGGUUUUAGUCCCUGUCUCCUGACAUAAGAGCCUUUAUGAACCUUGAAAUUUUUAUAUUUUAAUGAUGUAUAAUUAAAACUUAUUUGUUAUAAACCAAUAAA